UUACAGUUCGAGUUGCGAAGGUGGUGGUCAGCUUGAGCAGAGUGUAGGCUUGACAUUAAAAAUUGAUGCUUCUGCCUUCAACGGUACGCGUAGGCAUUCGCCUGGGUCCAAGGGUUUCUGGUGCAAGAAUAUGGCCGCAAGUGUCUCAAAACCAAACGCGGUUUUUAACCUUGCCGCAUUCAAAAAUUACGCCGAGGGUGAUCUCUUCCCGGCACAUACCGCAUACUCGUAACUUCUGGUGGUCAAAAUCAAAAUCGGCGAUACCUGAGCAGCAGGCGGCGUCGGUAGUGGAGUCAGCACCAGCUUCCAGUAGCAACAUCGGUACCACUGUUGUGGACUUGGAAUCAGCAACAACAACCAGUGCAGCGACACUGGAGCUAGACUCUGCUCCGAUACCAGUGACUACCACGCAGGAUAGUUUAACAGCCGUUGUUGAUAGCGGUGCGGGUAUCGAUAUUCCUGCGCUUGACACCGUCAUUCGACCACUUCAAUAUGGAGAUUUAGCAGAACUAGGCCUCGCUGGCUGGUCACCGGCUGGUAUCAUAAGGUGGUCAUUCGAACUUCUACAGGUCAGCACUGGAAUGCCGUGGUUUUACACGAUCAUUGCUGGCACACUUCUGUGGCGUGUGCUCAUUUUACCUGCCAAUAUCAUGAGCCUUCGCAACUCGUCGCGUUUACUUCCCUAUACCGAUAAACUGCAGGCCGUGACGGCGGAAUGGAAAUCAAUCGACACCAGCGACCGCAUUGCGUUGCAGCGUAUAUCCCUGAAGAGACAGAAAAUUUACGAAAAAGCGGGAGCCCGGGUGCUUCCUUCGAUUAUCAUGCCCUUUGUUCAAAUCCCAGUCACACUGGGUUUGUUCUUUGCUGUCAGGAAGAUGACCAUGCUUCCUGUAGAACAGCUCAAGCAGAGCGGCGUCUUUUUUCUGCCUGACUUGACUAUGUCAGACCCGUACUAUAUCCUACCCAUCUUGUCCACUGUUGCCAUCAACAUCCAAAUGUCGGUGAUGAAAAAUGACGUUAAUUUUGCUGAGCGUCCCGACAUGGCCCAUCUCAUGAAUUUCAUGCGCAUCUUUUCGUUCAUGAGUGUCCCUCUCAUGGGCUCACUGCCUAGCGGUUUGUGGUUGUCCAUUCUGACUGGUGUAGCAGUGUCAUGCCUGCAGUCCUUCAUCCUGCAACGUACAACAGUGCGCAGGUGGCUCAAGAUAACUCCCCGUGUAGAACCAAAGGUCAAACCACCCACCAUGAUGGAAUCUAUGCAGUAUGCAAAAUCGUGGUACAUGAGCAAGAGGAGUGAGAUUAUCGCUGCUCGAACUCAGGGAGAAAAGACCCGGAGGAGAUGAAAUAAGCAGCCAACAUGCAUAGAGUGUCCUAUUGUAUAUCUCAUCCAUUAAUACACCCAGGUUUCUGCUCGUUCCCCAACUCCCACGAAGUGGGAGAAGGGUUUUGUCAGACGCAAACAUGCUCAUUUUUCUGUCAAUGGACGUGUCGUGGGAAUUGAUUACGUACAUAACUGAGACAUUACGAUUCACUGUCUUUAUUCAUUUAUUUUCAC